UUUAGCUCUGGUUGUGUUCUACCGGCAAGGUCACACAUAAUUAUGCGAUUUGGAUUAGUAGUGUACCUGACUUUGCUUUCAAUUUGGGUUCUACCAAGAAAUGCCUGGACGCCAAAAUGAAUAGAGUUGCCUAGCCUGAAGAGGAAUGAGAACUGAAAUAUGGGAUGGCUUAGUAGAUAUGUCCUCUGACCCAGGAGAGAAGAGGAUGAGGAUGGUGAUUUUGUGCACAAAUUCACUGCUCAUACCAGAUUCUAAGUAGCAUGAUAUUCUGCACCGCUCUUGAGAGGCAAAGAAUUCGUAACCAAUGGCAUGCCUGAUGAUGCAAUGAGACGAAGUAGGUACCAUGUGAAGAGGUGCUUUGCGAAGUACAUUGAGAAGGGGAGAAGGACCAUAAAACUUCAUAACUUGAUGGAAGAAAUGGAGCAUGUCAUAGAUGACAACAUUGAGAGGAAUCAAUUGUUGGAGGGGAACCUUGGCUUCUUAUUGAGUUGUACACAGUAAGGCCAAAUCCUGGAGUUUGGGAAUUUGUAACCGUGAGCUCAGAGGAUCUUUCAGUUGAACCUAUAUCCUCUACAGAUUACCUCAAAUUCAAGGAAAGUGUAUAUGACGAAGAAUGGUCUGAAACUUGGGAAACUACGCGUCAGUCUCAUUGAGCGAGGCAGAGAGAGAAAGAGAGAGUGAGAGAGAGAAACACCACAAAACACAAAAUUAAAGGAAGAAAGUUAAGUUAAGCAGCAACAAAAAAGAAUGGGGAUAGUGGAAGAAGCUCACAACGUGAAGGUUUUGGGAUCUGGCACGCGGCAUAUAGUUCUGGCUCACGGGUUUGGCACGGAUCAAUCCGUGUGGAAACACCUCGUACCUUAUCUCCUCGACGAGUUUCGUGUCGUACUCUACGACAACAUGGGAGCCGGCACCACCAACCCCGAUUACUUCGAUUUUGAGCGAUACUCAACCUUGGAGGGCUAUGCCCAUGACUUGCUUGCUAUCUUAGAAGAGCUUCGAGUGGAUUCAUGUAUCUUUGUUGGUCAUUCAGUGUCCGCUAUGAUUGGUACCAUUGCUUCCAUUUCUCGGCCUGAACUGUUCGCCAAAAUCAUCAUGAUCUCAGCUUCCCCCAGGUAUCUGAACGACAUGGAAUACUUUGGAGGGUUUGAGCAAGAAGAUCUAGACCAACUAUUCAACGCUAUGGCGGCGAAUUACAAAGCAUGGUGCUCAGGGUUCGCUCCAAUGGCUGUUGGCGGAGACAUGGAGUCGGUGGCAGUGCAGGAAUUCAGCCGAACAUUGUUCAACAUGAGACCUGACAUUGCGCUAAGCGUGUUGCAGACCAUUUUCCAAAGCGACAUAAGGCAAAUCCUGAACCUCGUCAGUGUCCCAUGCCACAUCAUCCAAAGCAUGAAGGACUUAGCGGUUCCUGUUGUGGUUGCAGAGUACCUCCACCAACACAUUGGUGGCGACUCCAUCGUUGAGGUCAUGUCCACGGAGGGUCAUUUGCCGCAAUUGAGUUCGCCCGAUAUCGUUGUUCCCAUGUUGCUUAAACACAUUCGCCUCGACAUUGCAACUAGACAUUGAAAAAGUUCUUACAAAUUUAACUUAUGAAUGAAUUAAUUUUAAUUCUUGAAAAUGUUUACGAAUUUCAUUAUUUUCUUCGAAGUUUAAACAAAUAGAGUCAUCUAUGAUUGAUGGUGUGGUGUGGGGAGUCCAAUAUUGGGGUUUGAGAAAAAAAAUAAAAUUGGAGUGUGUCCAUUUCGAAAAGACCAAAAGAAAUGGGGAUGGGGGCUCGUGGUUUCAUCGAUCUUGUGUAUUGAUUGAUGUUAGUUGGUUGUAUGCCAUUGAAUUGUGGUAGGUGAUGCAAUUUAUUAGUAGUGGGCGUCAAUUUAUUAAUAAUAAUGUUCGUGCAGUCGAGCACCAUGGGAUGUUAAA